CUUACAAAGAAUGUUGACAUUUGUAGCCAUCCAUUCGUGGGAAGGGCAAACGGGCAAAAGCACAUACAGUGCAGCCAAAUACAAGUAGGAAAAUGCGAGAUCCGACACAAUAAAAAUCGAAUAGAUCAAAAUCAAAACAGAUUUUCUAUGUCUAACAGGAGUUAUGCGAUCGAAAUAUAUUUUAACAAGUCAAAAUGUAUUUAUUUACCUACAAAUCAUUUACGUUCUGGCACAUUUCUUCGUCCGAGGUAUUCGAUGCAUGUUACCUGAGGCCAGUCAGGAAGGAAUUUUACAUCCGUUUACAAGCUAUGGGGACGUAACGACGUUCCAUUACACAGUACCGAAAGACGUUUUCAGAGCCACAUGGCAGUUUGCAGCCUUUACAGACAAUGUGCAUUGUCCGUCCCGAAAAGUGCAUCUGCACCUGAAAUCUGGCAGUUACCCCGUAAUGUCAGUGGAAAAUGCAUCGUUUCCUGCCAACAUGCAUUUGUACCAUAAUGACACUAUAUCGGUAUCAAUGAUGACCACUUUCGAGCCAAAAGUAACGGCCACUAUACCAGUGUACGGACCGGAACCUGGAGAUUGGUUUGUGACUGGAUACCUUUCCCAUUGGGAUAAGAAAGUUCAGCAGCAAGGUCUGGGGUAUAAAUGCCGUUAUACUUUGGGCUCCGUUGCUAUAUGGACACAGACCAGUGGUAUCCAAGACAUACCGAUCGGGACACAAAAAUUUCUGCACACCAGCGAACCAAUGUCCUAUUACAAAAUCUACAUCCCAUCGAGUACGUGGCAUUUUCGCGUCCAUAUAUGGGGCUGCAAUUUUACUCUGCAAGCUUAUCACGAAUCCAAUACGCCCUGCAUAAAAGGACUAGCACUCAAGGGACGGAUGGUACCAAUUUACAAUGAGUCGCACCCCAGCUCAAUCGGCAAUUUAACAAUGAGCGAUUCUUACACUUUCACUGUUCUCUCGCCGUACCAAGAAAGUUACUAUUACUUAUUAGUCAUUUCGAGCAGUGUUAUAGACUUCAAUGUCAGGGUGAGCAUUUCGGAAUGUCCUAUACGAAUGUUGGAAAAAUCGUUUAUGAAGCAGUAUCUAGAUGCGCCAUCAUUUUCCGAGGCGUUGACCCAGCUCCGAGUAAAAAAUAAAGAAGAACGAUUGAGAUCGUCGCAAAAACAACCUUUGCUUCACCAGAUUUUUUAUAACAAUUCAACGCUUAAUUACGACAGCAUGAGACCAUCCAAAGACCAGUUCGUUUUACCGGACGAAGAUAAUGCUAAAGACGAUCCUUGCAUACCAAGGUUUCAACUAGCCAGGAUAAAACAUUCUAAGCCAUUCUCAAGUGUUUAUUUGCUCCAGGGCAGAGAAUGGCUAACGUCGUGGGUAAUGCUCACGGAUUAUUACCCGGUCGUAACGCAGUUUGAUAUCAUGCCAUUUAUUGACAUCGGAGGUACCCUAAGCAUAAAGAUUCGUCUGGAGAUGAACAAGCAAAUAUCCGACCAGCUCGUCCUUGUCGAAGUCUGCAUUCGCAAGGGUCGAAUACCCGAUCGUAUCAAUGGAGCAAUAGCGUGCCCGAACCAAAAUAUGUUCAUGAACUUAUCAUCUUUUGGAAAAAACACAUCCUCCUUGUUAAUUCCUUAUCCACAAUCGGAUGUUUGGCACGUAGCAAUGCAAGCCAAGUGUUAUACCGAGGGAACAAGAGCUCCUUGUGCAAUGGAGGAAAUACUUGUAUCCGUAGACAUAAAAACACAGCCAUGCGUCUUCCCUGGAGAUCGUUCGUGCGGUAAUCACGGGAUUUGCCAAGAGACAAAAAGAGGGCUUCUGUAUUAUACUUCGUGCAAGUGUUUCGGAGGAUACAAAGGGUGGGGUUGUACAGACUCGACACACGCAGAUCCAAAGGCAUUCAUAGUGCUUACAACUCUCCUGCUUACAUUAAGUAACGGAUUUUUUAUCCCGGCCAUUCAUUUGGCCAUCAAACGAGGCCUCUACACAGAAGCACUCGUCUACUUAGCUACCAUGAUAUUCUCUUCGCUUUAUCACGCGUGCGAUCAGCAAUUCAUGACCUACUGCGCAGUUAAAUAUGAGGUUUUGCAGUACAGUGACUUCUUCUCAAGCAUUCUUGCAUUCUGGGUGACACUCGUUUCGAUGGCAAAGUUACCCACAAAAUAUAUGUCGUUUUUUCACAUGGUCGGUGUACUUAUUAUUGCAUUUUGUGUCGAGAUGGAUAGAACAGGAUUAACGAGCAUUUUAGUACCCUUAGCAAUGGGCGCGACAAUUCCAAUUGCAGCCUUUGCCUGUCGAUGCUACAAGUAUAAACAGAGACAUCGUCCUAAAGAGGUUGCAAAACUGUUGAUCGGUUUGUCACUAGCUACAAUUGGAUUACUCUUGUUUGCUCUGGUUGAAACGGAAGCCAAUUACCAAUAUGUGCACAGCAUUUGGCAUGCCCUUAUAGCCCUAUCGCUGUUAUUUUUAUUGCCAAACCGUGCAGAACCAGAACCAAUUGAGAUAUCAAUAAACGAUACGAGCAGCUCGGACAGUGAGUUAAUGGAUUGUAAAGACUUGUCCCAAAGUCCUGUAUUCACGAUAAAAGCAGAUGGUAAAAAGUUACUGACUGUCGAAAGUGACGCGUCAUAAGGAUGUACGGGAUCUAAUCUGAGAGUAAUUGAUUAUGUGCCAAAAAGAUGUUCGAGUUCGUUUUACGAGCUGAAUUACAAUUUAAAAAUAUUGCGAUGUCGGAGAUUAUAUUUUUAAUUCAAAAAAAAAAAAAAAAAAAUCUCAAUUAGUUUCUAUAAAUGUUAAAAAGAAAGUUACUUAGUAAUACUAGAAUUUAUUGAAACAAUUUAAUAUCUAGAUGUAAAAGGAAUAUGGUGCAAUGUUAAACUUAUUACUUUGUGCAAAGGUACUAUUUCUGGAACAGAUAUUUAUAUUACAUACAUGCCUAUACUCUGUUGAAUAUGUUUUAAGAUUCACAGUAUAAACGAUACCGUAGCUUGUUGAUUGAUUCAGUAUUG